AUGGUUGUAACAGGGAAUGAUUUGGCAGAACAUGCGGCCUUUCAAGGAUACUUGUCUACAAAAUUUGAGAUGAAAGACCUUGGAUCCCUAAAAUAUUUUCUAGGGAUUGAGGUGUCGAGAAGCAAUUCUGGAAUUUACUUGUCUCAGAGGAAGUAUAUUAUGGAUUUGCUACAUGAAACCGGCAUGUCAGCUUGUCAGCUAGUAGCUACACCAUUAGAGGAAGGAUUGAAGCUUAGUGUUGAUCCUAAUCAAGUAUCAGUUGACAAAGGAACAUAUCAAAGGUUAGUAGGCCGUUUAAUGUACUUGGCACACACAAGACUAGACCUUGCAUAUGCCUUGAGUGUAGUGAGUCAAUACAUGCAUGAUCCUGGAGAACACCAUAUGAAUGCAGUGAUGAGGAUUUUGAGAUAUUUGAAGGGAAGCCCAGGCAAGGGAAUUUUGUUUAAAAUGACUAAUCAUCUUAGAGUUGAAGGUUAUACUGAUGCAGAUUGGGCAGGAUCAGUGGAUGACAGGCGCUCAACAUCAUGUUACUUUACAUUUGUUGGGGGUAACUUGAUUACAUGGAGGAGUAAGAAACAAAAUGUGGUUUCCCGGUCUAGUGCAGAAGCUGAAUACAGAGAACAAAACCUCCUCGUACACAAUAUGAGUGACGAGGAGUUGUUUCGGAGAGCAUCAAUGGUUCCUAGAAUUCAAGAUUUGCCUUACAAGCUUGUUCCGAAAGUUGCUUUCAUGUUCUUGACAAAGGGACCUCUACCUUUGUCUCCCUUGUGGGAGAAGUUUUUCAAGGGACUUGAAGGACUAUACUCCAUUUUUGUGCACGCACACCCUGAUUUCAAUGAAUCAGUGCCUAAAGAUUCUGUCUUCCACGGUAGAAGAAUUCAUAGCCAGCCGGUCUAUUGGGGAACAUCAACAAUGUUAGAUGCCGAGAGACGCCUCUUAGCAAAUGGACUUCUUGACAUUUCUAACCAAAGAUUUGUGCUGUUUUCUGAAUCCUGCAUCCCUUUAUUCAACUUCACAACAGCAUAUGACUACCUCAUCAACUCAAACCAAAGCAUCCUGAACUCAUUUGAUGACCCUAGAAAGCCAAGCCGGGGCCGAUACAACCCUCAAAUGUACCCCAUGAUAAACAUCACAAAUUGGAGAAAGGGGUCUCAGUGGUUCGAAGUGCACCGUGAGCUUGCCGUCCACAUCAUUUCUGAUAGUAAAUAUUAUCCGAUCUUUCAACAGUACUGCAACCCUCCCUGUUACAUUGAUAAGCACUAUAUUCCAACACUUGUGAACUUAUUGUACACUGAGUUGAGUUCAAUGAGGAGCGUCACUUGGGUGGAUUGGUCAAGAGGUGGUCCUCAUCCUGGAAAAUUUGGAUGGAUUGAUAUUUCGAAUGAGCUUCUGAAUCGGAUUCGGUUCGGAUCAAAAUGCACGUAUAAUGGCAAUACAACUUCAGUGUGUUUCUUGUUUGCUAGAAAAUUCUUACCUAACACAUUGGAGCCUUUGUUGAGGGUUGCCCCUUUGCUACUUGGUUUUGAUCCAUAA